GCGGCAACAGGAGGCUUUACCACAGUAGGGAAGUACUUUCCUGUAUAUAGGGUGCGGCAGUCGGUUGCGCCUGUUAUUCUUCGCCCAGCGUCGUCCCCUUCAGAUUUGCCGUCUGCUCCAGACGGCACGAUGGUGCAGCGGCGGGGGGCGGGCGGCAAGGAUGGCGCGGGGGGAGUGGCGGAGGAGGCGCACGUGCCGCUGCAAGCCAUCCUAUUGGCUGACAGCUUCGCGCAGACGUUCCGACCAAUCACGCUGCGCAAACCCAAGGUGCUGCUGCCGGUGGCGGGCGUGCCCAUGAUGGACUACACGCUGGAGUGGCUGGCCAUGGCGGGCGUGGAGGAGGUCUUCGUCUUCUGCUGCGCGCACUCCACGCAGAUCCGAGCGCACCUGGAGGAUGCGGGCUGGAUGCGCCCAUCCGCCUCGUCGCAGCACCAGCAGGGCCAGCAGCAGGGGGGUGGCGUUCGGCGCGGCAUGCGCGUGUCGACGGUGGUGGCGCAUGACUGCGUCAGUGUGGGCGACGCGCUCAGGCACAUGGACCACAAGGGCGUGAUCCGCGGGGAUUUCAUUCUGGUGAGCGGGGAUGUCAUCGCCAAUGUCUCGCUCACACACGCGCUCCACCAGCACAGGGAGCGGCGGCGCAAGGACAAGCAGGCGGUGAUGACCGCGCUGCUCAGACGCUGCCCCUCCACCGCCCUCACCCACCUCACGCGCACGGGCAGCGAGUCGCAGGUAUUUGGUGUCUGCCCGGAUUCGAGCCAGCUGCUCUUCUACGAGCCGCCGCCCGACCCCCUCACUGCCACGGCCACCGGCAAGCUCGCCUCUGUAGCGGGUGGGCGGCGUAGCUUGGCAGUGUCUGUGGAGCGGGCGGUGUGGCAGGGGCACCGACGGCUGGCUCUGCGGACGGACCUGGAGGACUGCGGCAUCGACAUCUGUGCGCCGGAGGUGCUGUACCUGUACACCGACAACUUCGACUACCAGCACCCCCGCAGGGACUUCCUGCGCGGCAUUCUCAGUGAUGACAUCAUGGGCAACAAGAUCUUCACGCACGAGGUCUCAGCGCAGUACGCCGCACGCAUCGACACGCUGCGCGCCUACGCGGCUGUGUCUUGCGACGUGCUGCACCGCUGGGCGUUCCCCCUCGCGCCCGACUGCGCCUUUGGCGGGCACAGCGGCCGCACCGCCGUCAACAGAGGCAACCGGUACCGCGAGGAAGCCGUGUCGGUGGCGCGCUCAGCGGUCAUUGGGCCAGACACGUUGCUGGGCGAGGGCACGGUGGUGGCGGAGCGGGCGCAGGUGAAGGGCUCGGUGCUGGGCGCUCACUGCCUCGUAGGCGAGGGGGCGGUGGUGGAGGGCAGCUUCUUGUGGGGCGGCGUCACAGUGGGUGCGGGUGCGGUGGUGCGGCACGCGGUGCUUUGCGACGGCGUGCAGGUCAUGGCGGGGGGGCGAGUCAACGAGGGAUGCGUGCUCUCCUUCGAUGUGGUGGUGGCAUCCGAUCACGUGGUGCCAGCUGGCACGCGCAUAGCGAGGGAGCAGCAGCCAGAGGAGGAGGACAGCGAUGAUGAGAACACGGAGGGGCAUGGCAUGGCGUCUGCCCGCAGGCACAAGGGCAAGGCAGGCGAUGACGAGGAGGAGGAUGGGGAGGAGGACGAGGAGGAAGAUGAGGAGGAAGAAGAGGAGGGGGAGGAGGAGAAGGAGCGUCUGUCGGAUGAGGAUGAGGAUGAGGGUCCAUGUGAUGUGGAUGCUGUGGGGCAGGGUGGCAGGGGCUUCGCCUGGCCUCCCAGAACGCCACCAGCAGCCGCAAUGGUGAGGCGGCAGUCGCUUGCACCAAUCACAGCGCAGGAAAUCGCUGAGCUGGCAAGACUGGCCAUUGAAAGGGAGGAGGGAGAGGAGGGGGAGGAGGAGGAGGAGAAAGGGGGAGAGGGAGGGGCGGCGCUGGUGGGAGGGGAGGAUGAGGACGAGGAUGAGGAGGAGGAUGGGGAGGACGAGUUCAGUAAAGAGGUGGAGGAGAUGUUCAAGCGAGCCGUGGCGGAGGGGGUGGCUCAAGACAACGUGGUGCUGGAAGUGAACGCACUCAAGCUGGCGUACAACCGCUCCUUCGCAGACUGUGCGGGCGCCAUGUUCACGGGCAUGCUCAACCUCGCCGCCUCGCACACGCCGCCAGGGGCGCCCACCAAGGAACUGCUUGCUUCCACCCGCGCUGUGGUAACCCGCUGGACGUCGCUGCUGAGAAGGUUCCUCAAGGGCACGGACGAUGAGGUGGAGGUGCUGCUGACGUUCGAGGAGGUGUGCAACGAGACUCGCCCCGAGUUCGCCCCCGUCUUUGUCAACGUGCUGGAGACCCUGUAUGACAAGGACAUAGUGAGCGAGGAGGCCGUCAUGGCGUGGGCCGAGGAGAAGCAGUUCGCUGACGCCGCGGACAAGGUGUUCGUCGAACGAUCCGCAGCGUUCAUCAAGUGGCUGAAGGAGGCGGAGGAGGAGGAGGAGAGUGACGAGGAGUGAGUGCCUCGCAAGCACCUUACCCACGCGGCCAUGGCAAAUCAUGGCUCAUGUGCGAGUAGGGAUGGUGUGCUAGCCUAGCCGUCAUGCUUUUUCCUGUUGUACAGGAAAAGCUGUUUGCUGUAUGGUACUGUACCAUACCAUACCAUACGGGUGGUUGCCUUUGGUGGGAUUGGAGUUGGGGAACUCUCAGAUUCUGUAAAACCCGCAACAUGGCAGUGCAGGCAGACCAAUGUCAAUCGCUGUCCAUUACAGGUCGUAUGCCAACAAGCAAGCUGUUGCAUUGUGCAGCAUGGAACGGUCAAAUGACAUAAGUACCGU